GAACAUCUUUUACGAAGUGCAAUUUUGCUGUGAAAUAAACAACAUUGAAUUUAUACAAAGUAGAAAUUCAUUCAAUUUUUAAGCAUGUUCUGUCAAUUGUUCCACGUUUCACGAACAUAACGAGAAGUUCAGUGAAUAAAAACGAUACUUCUUGAUUAAUUAAGAGUAUAAAUGAAUAGUAAAUUAUUAAAAGAACUUCAUAAAGCUUUGUUUGUAAUUGUAAUUAUCGCUAUACAAUAGCGCAAUGAUAAAUUUAACGUUGUCUUCUGGCCAGUUUUUCAUCGCCGAUCUCUAAGUGGAAUCAUUAUAACAAAAAUUUUUUUUUCUAAAACCUGCAAAUACAGAUACAGUUUUCGAUUGUUGUCUAGCACGUAUAUAUAUUCCACGUAUAUACAAUCUUCAUAGCUGGAAUUAUCGCUAUAAUCUUGCAAAUCCAUAUGUGACUACGCACACACUAUUUGCGCACAUAGUGUUUGCGAAAGAGAUAAAUGUUGAUAAUAAAAUAAUUCAACGAAAUACCGAAAGUGACUAUCUUAAAAACAAAUAGUCCGAAUCCUUACUUUCGAUUAGAUUGUCAAUCGAUUUGGAACAACUGUGUUCAAUAUCAUCCGUUAAUGCUACUCUUCUUUGACGUGUCAUCAAAAUGAGUGGAGAGGGAGGUGGUUCAAAAAUAUCCACGGAAUUCAAAAAGCCUAGAUUGGCACUUAAAUUAGCUACAGAAGAGAUUGAUCUGAAACUGGACCUGUUGCAUCAGCCAUGGACUGUUGGACCAGUAUUGGAAUUACUUAAGUUGGACAUUGAUUGUUUGGAAGAGCUUUUUGAAUGGUUGUCACAAGCCGAUCUGUUGCUACUUCGUCAAACGUGUAAGCGAUUGAAAGGAAGUGUCGACCAUUACAUCAAAACCAACUGGCCGAAAUUUGCAGAAUUUCAAAUAUGUGACGCACGGAGCUUUGAUAUGUUUCGCCGAAUGGACAUUACUACCAUCAAGUUGAUCAAGAAUCUUGGAGUGGCCGUACGAAAAAAUGAUCAAUAUCAAUUUGAGGACAUAAAAACAGCGCUCAACAAUGUCGAAAGAAUUGCCAUAGUCAAAUGGGAAAUUAGUUGCGAUUUCUAUGAAGUUUUUCUAAAACAUUGCAAAAAUUUAAAGUGUCUAACUGUCGAUGUGAGCGGCCAAGACAUUUUAAUUGGUAGUUCAAAUGAUUGGUUGCUUCGUGAGUAUCAAACGCUUGAACACAUCAUAUUCAAUGGACGAAAUUUAAUGCGAUCGCCAAGUGAAAUUGAAAAACUUAAAACCUUCUUCCGUUUGAAUAUGAAUGUACAGAGCAUCUGGGAGACGUGUUAUGAAGCACCUUUUUUAACUGAUAUCGACAUCACAUUCGAUCAAUUGCGCAUUCGCUAUUAUAUAAAACAAAUUUGUUCCGAUGGCGAAGAUUACUUGGUGAAAUUGGCACGAGUCCAUCAGAAAGGAUUGUAUAAGCGUUUGCAUAUAUGCAUCGAUAAUUGUUCUAAUGAGAGAUGGGCUAGUAAUUAUGGAGAUGGACUCAUGAAUGUUGGACUAGAACAGUUGACUUCAGAUAGAUGCAUGGACUUCCCACAUCCACUGCCACAUUUCAAAGAGUUGACAGUUUUUCAUUGUGGAAAUCCAAAAUAUUUGGAAAAAGUUCGAAAUAUUGAAUGGUUGUAUAUUGUGGAAUGCGGUCCGAAUGCUAUUGCAUCGUUCACCAGCUACUUACCGAAAUUAAAACAUUUUCGCAUCGGUGGAUUUGAUGAUGCAGAUGAAGAAACCAUUCUUAAUUUACUUGCGCUGAAUAAAGAACGCGCUAAAUUGGCCGGAGGAUGUAAGACGACGAUUUAUGUUCCGGAGAAAAUUUUCUUAGCAACCAAGUGGGCCAAAACAAAAACCGAUUUCAAUUUGAUCGAAUUGAAACGCCACCAAGCAUCACCUGGCAUAACUGAUGUGUGUCUCUUAGAAUUUUGAGUCAUGAAAUAAAAGCGAGGGGCAGAUCACUCAAAAGUAAUUGCAAUAAAAAGAAGUAAUUGCAUUGGUAAUUUCAAGAAAAAUGUAGUAAUUGUUAAUCAACAAUUAUUUUCGCAACUACUUUUUUCGUAGCAAUUACCUAUGCAAUUACUUUUUUCUCGUGCAAUUACUGCUAAAUUUUGCAAUUACUAUUUUGAGUGAUUUGCCCCUCGAAUAAACGGCACGUACGAAAAUACAUAUUAAGGAGGACUUUCAUUACUAUUUUCUCUCAACAUGUGCCAAUUUGUUUUUUUUAUUUAUUCCAUUCAAUUCAAUCUUUGUGGUUACAGGCGAAAAGAGCACAUUCGUCUCCGUAAAAACCUGAUUUUUUCAAAAUAUUUUACAUUGUUUGAGUAAAUAUUAUGACUAAUUGCUAUAUAAUUUUACAUUUGGACCAGUCCUAUAGAUACCUGUGAGGAACCAAAAAUUGCUUGUAUUUACAUUAAUUACAUUUGUACAUUUUGUCUUCAGUUUCUUGAUUUUUGAGAUUUA